AUUGCACAUUCGAAUCAAGCAUGUGUUCAUACGGCCAGCUGGACAGCGACCAGUUUGACUGGACACGAACCUUCUGGUUCAGCAGCACCGACGGCACGGGGCCCCAGACGGAUCACACCAAAGGCAAUACCUACGGAUGGUACGUCUACACGGACGCGACGGACCGCAAUCCCGGGGACAAGGCACGACUUGGCAGCCCCGCCCAGAACCCAACCGGUUCCGGAUCCCCUAAGUGCCUCGUAUUUUGGUAUCAUAUGUACGGUGUGCAUGUUAAUAGGUUCAAUGUCUAUCUACGGAUCUCAGGUCCUCAGAUGACGGUGGAUAAGAUCAUCUUCACUAAGUUUGGCACACAGGGCAAUCAAUGGAAGAAGGCUGAGAAAGAGAUCACGACUGAUGAUAUCUGGAUGAUUAUUUAUGAAGGUGUGAUAGGAGAGAGUGAGAUCGGUGAUAUUGCACUUGAUGAUAUAUCUCUUUACGAUGGUCCAUGCCCUCCGCAAGUUGAAUGUGACUUUGAGAUGGAUUUCUGUUCCUGGACUCAGGACCAGACUAACCCAUGGAAAUGGCAGAGGGGCACAGGACCAACCCCUACACCGAGCACUGGACCCUCGUAUGAUCACUCUACUGGCAGUGCUGUUGGUUAUUAUGCUUAUACUAAAGCAUCGGAUGCAUCGGCUGGAUCGAAGGCACGGCUCUUUAGUCCCAUCUACGUAGAUACUGAUAUGGAAUGCCUGAAGUUUUGGUACCAUAUGUAUGGUGGUGACCUAGGUCAACUGACUGUUUAUACAGAAGACCAAGUUACACAUGGUAACAGUGACCCCUUGUUCACACGCAGCGGUCCUUCCGAUGAUUCCUGGAGGUUUGGUCAGGUUAGUAUAUCAUCAUCUCAUCGUUAUAAAGCUGUCAUUGAAGCUACACGAGGUGAUGGUGUCCAGGGAGAUAUCGCUAUUGAUGAUGUCGAGAUUAUCAGAGGGGCGUGUCCACCGGCAGGAUUCUGUGAUUUCCAAAAGGAUCUUUGUGGCUGGUCCCAAGAGGUGGUCCAGGACCGAUGGGAUUGGCUCAGAUCUUCUGGAGGAACAGACAGUCCUAAUACUGGCCCACAGGUAGACCACACAUAUGGAACUCGUGAUGGUUUUUACAUUUUCUUUGAGAGUUCCUUUCCAAACAUGAAGAUUGGAGAAACAGCGAUACUGAACAGUGAGCACUUCAGUGCUACCCAAGCAGCUUGCCUAAGCUUCUGGUAUUACAUGUAUGGCACGCAUGUUGGAGAUCUUAACGUUUGGAUGUCCUAUCCUUCUGGAAAGCCUAGGCUGUCCUAUUGGUCUCUGAGUGGGGACCAAGGCUAUGCUUGGUUCAACGCUAAAAUCGAUCUUGCAAGUGAUGAAGAAUUUAGGGUGAGUAUUAUGUGA